AUGGCUUCAGAGAAAAACGGAACAUCUCCGAGGAUGCAAGGGUUGGACGACCUUUCAACUGGUGCCGAGACUGCUACAGAUACUUUACACUUCGAAAGGUUGGCUAUCGAUGUAACCAUCACUUCAGAUGGUUACACCAAAAUCACAACUCAGGAUAUGCACUGCGUUAACACCUGCGAUCAUGUAACCUAUGUCGCUGGGUUCGGCAACAUCUCGGCCGCUGAAAGAGUCCUUAAGCUUGCUCAAGAAUUACAAGAUAUUGUCUCGGUCCUCCCGAAAUAG